UUUACAUACACCACGCCCUCACCCGCUGUUAAUUACCAUAAACCGGGCCCCCGACGUUGGCCUCUCAGCAGCCCGGUGGCACUCCCUCAUUUGCAUAAACCGCGCCCACACGCCGGUGCGCAGUCCCUCCAGCCGCCAGAGGGCGCCGCGGCGAGGCAGUCGCGCCCAGGGGGCGCUCCCGGUCACGUGGCGCAGGGCGGGGGGUCACGUGGGGCUGUGGCGGGGCUGUCAUGGCGGCGGCGGGGAAGGAGGGCGGAGGCGCAGCGGCUCCUGAGCGAGGCCGACAGGAAGGUCCGGGGGGCUCAGUCCUUCCUCGGGGGCCUCUUCGGGGGCUCGUCCCGCCUGGAGGAGGCCUGCGAGUGCUACGCCCGCGCCGCCAACAUGUUCAAGAUGGCCAAAAACUGGAGCGCGGCCGGCAGCGCCUUCUCCCGCGCGGCGCAGCUGCAGCUGCAGCUCCAGAGCAAACACGACGCCGCCUCCAACUUCGUGGACGCCGGGAACGCCUUCAAGAAGGCGGAUCCGCAGGAGGCCGUGAACUGCCUGCUCCGCGCCAUCGAGAUCUACACGGACAUGGGCCGUUUCACCAUCGCUGCCCGGCACCACGUCUCCAUCGCCGAGAUCUACGAGGCCGAGCUGGUGGACAUCGAGAAGGCCAUCGCCCACUACGAGCAGGCGGCCGAUUACUACAAAGGGGAGGAAUCCACCAGCUCGGCCAACAAGUGCCUGCUGAAGGUGGCCGCGUACGCGGCGCAGCUCGAGCAGUUCCCGCGCGCCAUCGACAUCUACGAGCAGGUGGGGGCGGUGGCCAUGGACAGCCCCCUGCUCAAGUACAGCGCCAAGGAGCAUUUCUUCCGCGCCGCGCUCUGCCACUUCUGCGUGGACAUGCUCAACGCCCGGCUGGCCGUGCAGAGGUACGAGGAGAUGUUCCCGGCCUUCUCAGACUCCCGGGAAUGCAAACUGGUCAAGAAACUCCUGGAAGCGCACGAGGAGCAGAACGUCGACGCCUUCACCGACGCCGUGAAGGAGUUCGACGCGGUCUCGCGCCUGGACCCGUGGCUCACCACGGCGCUGCUGCGCAUCAAGAGGACGAUCCGGGGCGAGGAGGAGGAUCUGCGCUGACCCCCCGGCACCCCCGGCACCCCCGGCACCCCCGCCGUUCCCGGGAUCCGCGCCGUUCCCGGGAUCCGCGCCGUUCCCGGGACCCGGAGCCGCCGCUUCCCCCCCCCGCCCCGGCCGUGCCUGACCCCGAGCGAAUAAAAUAUUUAACGGGA